ACCUCCAGAACUUCCGCCAUAACACGACAAAUAAAUAAAACAAACUACAGCAAAAAUAUAGUGUGACUAGAAAUAGGAACUGAGGAAGACCCUUCACCAUGGCCUCAGAAGCAGUGCAGCUACGCGUCGAAGACAGUCAAGUGGUUAUGGACAAUGGCAUACUGCAAGUGUUUUUAUCCAAUCCAGGUGGAUUUGUUACUAAAAUACAAUAUAAUGGCAUUGAUAAUCUGCUUGAAGCUCUUAACAAAAGUGGUGACAGAGAGUAUUGGGACGUUGUAUGGAGUGAAGCCGGAAGUACAGGAACAACUGGGACAUUUGAAAAGAUUAUUGGGACAAGUUUUAAUGUAAUAACUGAAAAUGAGGAACAGGUUGAAAUCUCAUUUACAAGUGAGUGGGAUCCAUCUCUGAAAGGAAAGCGAGCACCUCUAAAUAUCGACAAAAGGUAUGUGAUGCUUCGUAAUUCCUCGGGCUUCUACUCUUACGCCAUCUUUGAACACCUAAAGGAGUGGCCUAAUUUCAACAUACCUCAAAUCAGGAUUGUUUAUAGGCUUCGAAAAGACAUGUUUCAUUACAUGGCUGUUUCGGAUAAUAGACAAAGAUUUAUGCCUCUCCCAGACGACCGGUUACCCGGAAGAGGAAAAGAACUAGUUCCCCCUGAAGCAGUUUUGCUAGUCAAUCCCGUGGAGCCAGAGUUUAAAGGAGAGGUGGAUGACAAGUACCAAUACUCGAGUGAAAACGAAGAUCUUAAGGUCCAUGGAUGGAUAAGUUCCCAACCCGAAACUGAUUCAGCAAUGGGGUUCUGGGUAAUCAUACCAAGCAAUGAGUUCCGAUCAGGUGGCCUUGUUAAGCAGAACUUAACCUCUCACGUAGGCCCAAUAAGCCUCGCCAUGUUUCUUAGUGCUCAUUACGCAGGAGAGGAUAUAGUUCUCAAACUUCAACCAAAUGAGCCUUGGAAAAAAGUUUUUGGACCAACUUUUGUUUAUCUCAACAGUUUGUUGGAUGGUGGGGACCCACUGGAGCUCUGGGAAGACGCCAAAUAUCAGAUGAACGAGGAGGUUCAAAGUUGGCCCUAUGACUUUCCAGCUUCGGAGGAUUUUCAAAAGUCUGGCCAAAGGGGUAGUGUGUGUGGCACUUUACUAGUCCAAGACAGGUGCCUAAGUAACGAGUACAUAUUAGCAGAAGGCGCAUACGUAGGACUGGCACCACCAGGAGAAGCUGGAUCCUGGCAAAGAGAAUGCAAGGGAUACCAGUUUUGGACUAGAGCAAACGAGGAAGGCUACUUCUCAAUCAAUAAUAUUCGUAGUGGAGAAUACAAUCUCUACGCGUGGGUUCCAGGUUUCAUUGGAGAGUAUUGGAACAAUGUUGUCCUCACCAUAACCCCAGGUUGUGAAAUAAACGUUGGUGACAUUAUUUAUGAGCCUCCAAGAGAUGGUCCUACAUUAUGGGAGAUAGGCAUUCCUGAUCGCUCUGCUGCAGGGUUCUAUGUUCCUGAUCCUAAUCCAGAGUACAUAAAUAAGCUUUUUGUCGACCAUCCAGAUAAGUUUAGGCAGUAUGGUUUGUGGGAAAGAUAUGCAGAUUUAUACCCAAAUGAAGAUUUAAUUUAUACUGUUGGUGUCAGUGACUAUAGCGAAGAUUGGUUCUUUGCACAAGUCACCCGGAAGAAAAAUGAUGGCAGUUAUCAAGGAACUACGUGGCAAAUUAAGUUCAACCUCGAUAACGUGGAGGAGAGUGGAAUCUACAAAUUGCGAGUGGCACUAGCAAGUGCAAAUGUCUCCGAAUUACAGGUUAGAGUGAAUGAUCAAAACCAAGAUCCUCCACUAUUUACUACGGGAGUGAUUGGGAAGGACAAUGCAAUCGCUAGACAUGGGAUUCAUGGACUCUACUGGCUAUUCAGUAUUGAUGUGCCAUAUCUUCAGCUAGUGAAAGGCCUUAAUACUAUAUUCCUAACACAGGCAAUGGCUACUGGCCCCUUGGUCCUCUUCCAGGGGAUUAUGUAUGACUAUAUCCGUUUAGAAGGCCCUAACCCUUUUCUUCUCAUAAAAACCAAUUCAGUAUGACCCUUCUUUGUACCUACUACAACACCUUUUACAAUCACAAAUUUACAAUGUUGUUUGCGUGUCUUGUUUUGUAUCGUAAAUAUAUGAACUUCGACAUUGGACUUUAGUAUAUCAUAC